AGAAGGAGAGAGGCUCUUCCCUCACGCGCGGGGACGUCUCCUUCUUCCUCGUGGGGAUCUGCUGCCGAGCGACCAGGUGCGGAGAGACCGCCGCUCUCCCUCCCGCGCCAAACUCCUCGACUCUGCCGCCUCGGGAUCGUCCCUCGGGAGAUCCAGGGAUCACCACCAUGAGCCGCUGGGUGGGCGCCUGGCUCGUGCUGUGCGCCGGCCUGGGAGCGCCGUCGUCCGCCAGAGGGGAUAUAUGCGACUCCAACCCCUGCGAAAAUGGAGGCAUCUGCUUGUCUGGAUUGGAUGACAAUUUCUACUCUUGCGAGUGUCCUGAUGGCUUCACAGAUCCCAACUGUUCUAGUGUUGUGGAGGUUGUGCUAGAUGAAGAAGAGCCAACAUCAGCAGGGCCAUGCAUUCCUAAUCCCUGCCAUAAUGGUGGAAUAUGUGAAAUUAGUGAAGCCUAUAGAGGAGACACAUUCAUAGGCUAUAUCUGCAAAUGCCCAGUGGGGUUUAAUGGGAUCCACUGCCAGCACAAUGUGAACGAAUGUGAAGCUGAACCCUGCAAGAAUGGUGGCAUUUGUACAGAUCUGGUAGCUAACUAUUCAUGUGAGUGUCCUGGCGAAUUUAUGGGAAGGAACUGCCAACACAAAUGCUCUGGGCCAUUGGGAAUCGAAGGCGGAAUAAUUUCAAACCAGCAAAUUACUGCAUCAUCUACCCAUCGGGCACUUUUUGGGCUCCAGAAAUGGUAUCCUUACUAUGCACGACUUAACAAGAAAGGUCUUGUAAAUGCUUGGACUGCAGCAGAAAACGACAGAUGGCCAUGGAUUCAGAUAAACCUGCAGAGGAAGAUGAGAAUCACUGGUGUUAUAACUCAAGGUGCCAAGAGAAUUGGAAGCCCAGAAUAUAUAAAAUCAUACAAAAUUGCAUAUAGUAAUGAUGGGAAAUUAUGGGCAACAUACAAAGUGAAAGGCACAACUGAAGAUAUGGUGUUCCGUGGGAACGUGGAUAAUAAUACGCCUUACGCAAAUUCUUUCACCCCACCAAUAAAAUCUCAGUACAUACGAUUAUAUCCUCAGGUUUGUAGAAGGCAUUGCACUUUGCGAAUGGAACUUCUUGGCUGUGAAUUAUCAGGUUGCUCUGAACCUCUGGGGAUGAAAUCGGGACAUAUACAGGAUUAUCAGAUUACUGCUUCCAGUGUCUUCAGAACACUCAAUAUGGAUAUGUUUACAUGGGAACCUAGAAAAGCUCGUCUGGACAAACAAGGCAAAGUGAAUGCCUGGACAUCGGGGCAUAGUGACCAGUCGCAGUGGCUGCAGAUUGAUCUUCUUGUUCCUACAAAGGUGACGGGCAUAAUUACUCAAGGAGCCAAAGAUUUUGGUCAUGUACAAUUUGUGGGCUCCUAUAAACUUGCCUACAGCAACAAUGGAGAGCACUGGACCAUAUAUCAGGAUGAAAAGCAAAAAAAGGAUAAGGUUUUCCAGGGCAACUUUGAUAACGACACCCACAGAAAGAACGUCAUUGACCCCCCAAUCUAUGCACGGCACAUAAGGAUCCUCCCUUGGUCAUGGUACGGCAGGAUCACUUUACGGUCAGAGCUCUUGGGCUGUACAGAGGAGGACUGACGAGGAUCUUCACUUUUCUGCACAACUCUUGAUAUUCCUAAAAAAAAUAUCUCCAUAGAAGAAACUGUGCAAAACCUGUAGGAAGUUGAAUGGGUUUUUCAUGAACAAGUGCUCACUUUCUGGUAGGCCGCUAACUGUCUUUUGUAAGGAGGUCUAAGCCUGCCCUUAAAAUGGUCCAAAUCUGAGUUGGGGGUUUUCUUUGGGUUCUUUUAAAUCUUAGUUCCAGUUAUUACUCUGUUUUGAUGUGGAAUUUACCUUUUAAGGUUUUUUUUCUGAGUUAUUUCAUGCUGGCUGAAAUAUCGUUAGGAGUAAGAAGCAGCAUCCUUUUUACAAGGAAGAUGAAAGUGGCGUGACCGAGUUCACUUGUGACUUGAGAAGGAACAGGCUGAUUCAUUGUUUCCAAACCCACAUGGUCAUCUCACUUGCAAAAAGUGAUACUGCAGCUUUAGCAAUAAGUUUUUCUCGGGGAUGACUGCAUUUGAUUGUUUCCCUUGUGCCUAUCAAGCAUUGUCAAGAUUAAGGACACUUUUUUUGGAAGUGAUCUCUGUGGUCUGCAGUCCUCCUGGUGCCACAAACUACCUUUUGUAAUUUCCUUUACAAACAGCCGAGUCCACCCACCCUAGGGUUUCAUUUCCACAUGUUUUGCUUCCCAUUUAGCACACUGUGGGCAUCGUCACUGUCUUUUAUGUUUGAUCACAUUAACUGCUUCUGUUUCUUUUCAAUGAGCCAACCUGAAUUUUAUGGAACAAAAUCUGCUAUCAGUAUAUUAUGAAGUUAAUGAUUUUGUCAAUGAAUUCAGCUUGCAUUUUCUUUCUAAGGGAUGCUGAGAUGAAAGAUCAUGGACCAAAUUCAAAGCUUAAGCAACUGUAGCCGGGAGGGAGGCACACAUGAAUGCUACAAAGCGGGCAUUCAUAUGAUCCUGCAUUUUCAUGCAUGGUAGUUGCCUCAUGGAGCUGCCUUGGAGAUGGCUUCUCUGAGAUGCUUCCUAUGACUCAAUGGGCAAGGGUCAUUGUGAGAUCUAGAGGUGCAUGCCAAAACAUAUGGACUGUGUAUCCUCGUUCUGAGGAGCAACUCAGCUACAGCACUGUUCCCAAGCUUCAGAAAUAUGGGUGGAAGGCUGAAACCUGAGGCUGAGUGGUCAUAUAAUAUUAUAUCUUAACAUUAUUUUAACCAUCAGCUCUGCAAGGAUUCUUCAGGCCCUCUGACUGGAGAAGACAAGCCUUGUAGGAUACACAAGUGGCAGUGUUGCAAAAACAGAGAGAGGAAGGAAGUGGGGGAAUUGGAUUCAGAUACGGGGCAGGUGCCAAUCAUCAGUGAUAAUAAGCAGGGCUGAGUGUAUGCUAUGAGCCUUCAGGAAAAAAAUUGGAGGGAGAGCAAAGAACUCAUUAUUGGGUGAUGAAUUCAGCUUUCUGGGAAUGGCAGCCUUCAUUUCAAAAUGAGAAAGUUUAUAGCUCUUAGGACUGCAAAAAAUAUGAUCAAAAGUAUCUUGCCAGCAGCUGCUGCAAUCUCCAGAGGUUGGGAUUUCAGUGCCCACCAUAGUUCCAUUGCCUCCCCGUGACUGGAAAGGGUAUAGAAGUUGGAUUGUAGAAUUUUAAUUAUUUUAAAAUGUGGAUUAUGCAGUGCCCUGAUAACAGAGAAUGGAGUACAUACUGCCCUGAUGGAUCAAGCAGUGUGCAUGCAUUCAGAAAGAUAAGCCAUAUACAGGAGUCAGUCAAACACCACAGUAUUCCUACUUCAGGCAUUCAGUUUUCUUAUCAUUUGCAGCCUCAGUGCUGGUAGAGCUUGCUAUCACUAUUGAAGGAAGAGCUGGGAUUACUGAAUGGGGUAAAAAGGUUUCUGAAGUGUUUUCCCAAGUAACUCCAUGGGGUCAUGUGGCAACCGCAGCUGCUGCAUCAUAGCUGUGGUGUGCACUGUUUAUCACAGGUCAGCUAUCACUAAUGGGUCUUGCUUAUACAUCAGAACAGAUCCCUUCAGAGGAAGCAAAUAUCUCAAGAGGUGACCUUAUUACUCAUCGUUAGUGAUUAGCCUAUUACCUAAUAACAUCCUCUUCAGUUGAUAACCUGAAUUAGCCAUAAAUCCAGUUCUCUUGCGCAUUGACCUCUGUGACUAAGAUUUUCCAUUUGAAAUUGUCAAGAUGGCUGUAGCUUCAUUUGAAUGGACCUAGGAUGCAGCCGUACAUCAGUCAAUGCUAGAAAGCCAUGUAUGCAGUUUUCCCAGAGAAACAGUAGCCCAUGCCAAUCCCUGGCCAAGCAAGAUAUGAGAUGCUCUUGCCAUUGGAAUUAGUACACCAAGGUGCUGGCAGAGCACUGUGUAAAUGGCUCUCCAUUUCUGACUCUGCCCAACCACCAUCUGGGUCAAUGCAACCCAAGCUGUGACAAAUGUGUAUGAAAACACAGCCAGGAUUUAAUAGAUGGAAUUUAUCUUGUGUAAAACUCCUUCGUUGUGCAGAAGGAGUUCCUGGUAAAUGGUAGUCCUAACAAAUAUUGCAAAGCACUUUUAUUUUAAUAAGGUAUUAGUAUUCUGUCCA